CAUUUUGCAACUCACUUUUCUUUUCGUGGUUUGAUAUCAAAGGAGAAUAGAGAGAGUUCCAGUCCUCAGUUUUCAGGCCCUUGUAUAGAAACUCGACUUUUUUGCUUAUUUUUAUUUUUCAGUGAUUCAAAAGUGUAGCUACAGUGCUCAAAGAAAGUGAAUCCAAUCUGUUUCAUCUGAGAGAAUUUAGAAUGAUUUCAUCUCAUCUGAGAGAAUUUACAGUGGUAUGAGGAUGCCUAAUGAAUAAUGGGGGAAAUCAAGGAAUUAAGAAAACCGAGAAAUCAAAUUCGGAAUGGACAUUUGUUGGUUGUUGUAUUUUUCUGCUAUUUUUUGGUGGGCAAGAAGAUCCAUUUUCUACUCCUUUAUCUUGUAUUUUAAUGUUAGUUUAAGAGACACCAGAAAUCUUUCAAACGGAGCAUCAUUUCCAUGUUUCUAUGCCAGCGUCUGCAUACUUAAUAGUGGGUGGCACCUAGUGUGCCCAAGAGAUGGAGCAAUAUGGUGGUGAGCAAUUUCAAUCUUACAAUACUUGUUUUUCAUCCUCAUACGAAGCUGCAAUGGAAGCACUUUCCUCUCUCAUCUCUCGUAAACGUAGAGUUCGAUCAAAUAACGAUGGGAAAUACAAUGAUGAAAAGCUUAAUUUUAUAUUGAAAUAUCUGAAGAUACUAAACUUAGAAGAACCAAUUACUGCGCUUAAAGUUAUUCAUGUUGCUGGGACUAAAGGGAAGGGCUCGACAUGUACAUUUUCAGAGGCUAUUUUACGAGAAUGUGGAUUUCGAACUGGGCUCUUCACUUCGCCACACCUAAUCGAUGUCAGGGAAAGAUACCGUAUCAAUGGGUUGGAUAUAUCUGAAGAUAAGUUUCUACAGUACUUUUGGGGUUGUUGGUGCAAACUAAAGGAAAACGUAACUGAGGAUUUGCCGAUGCCUCCACUUUUCCAGUUUCUUACAGUUUUGGCAUUUAAGAUAUUUACAUCUGAAAAGGUCGAUGUUGCAAUCCUAGAGGUGGGGUUGGGUGGAAGAUUGGACUCGACUAAUGUGGUCAAAGAACCUAUUGUCUGUGGGAUAACUUCUCUAGGAAUGGAUCAUAUGGAAAUAUUAGGAAAUACCUUGGGACAAAUUGCUUCAGAAAAAGCAGGGAUAUUCAAGCCUCGUGUGCCAGCAUUUACAGUGAUUCAAGCCUCAGAAGCAAUGGAUGUUCUUCAAAAGAGGGCCUCAGAAUUGAUGAUUCCCCUCCAUGUAGCUUCUUCACUUGACUUAAAUAAGUUAGGUGGUUUAAAGCUUGGGUUGGCCGGUGAUCAUCAAUUAAUCAAUGCAGGACUUGCUGUUUCACUUUGUAAAUGUUGGCUUGAAAGAACUGGACACUCUGAAGACUUUGGAUUCACAACUGUGAACGACCAAUCCAAUUACUUACCAGAGGCCUUUAGAAGAGGUCUUUCAACGGCAUGUCUAUCUGGCCGUGCCCAGAUUUUCCGUUAUCCCUUGGUUCAAUCUUGUGAAGGGAAUGAAAACUCUUCUUUUGGUGACCUGAUAUUUUAUUUGGAUGGAGCACAUAGCCCUGAAAGUAUGGAAGUUUGUGCAAGGUGGUUCGCUCGUGCUGUAAGGGAGGAUAUAUAUCUUUGCAAUGAUGGCAAUGUUGAUUGUAGUUGGCAAAAUUUAAACAAUCAACAUGAGCCAAACAAUUUGGAUAAAUCUCAUAAAAUCUCAAAGCAGGUUCUUUUGUUUAACUGCAUGGAAGUGAGAGACCCUCAGCUCCUACUUCCGCAACUCGUCAGAAUUUGUGCUGCACAAGGUGUCCUCUUCUCCAAAGCUCUUUUGGUGCCAAGUUUAUCAACAUAUAGUAAGGUUGAUUCUGCUAUGUCGGCAAUACCUUCUGAUGUGACUAAGGACUUAUCAUGGCAAUUUAGACUCCAAAAAACCUGGGAGAGAAUUAUCCAUGGAACAGAUGCAAAUUUUGAAGAGAAUCCAAAGUUGAGUGACCCAGAGUUGCUUCCACCAUCUUAUGAUUUCAUAGGUGAGGAUCAUCCUCUGAACUGCAAUCUUAGAAGCAGCAACCUCACUUCUAGUGCAGUGAUACCUUCACUACCGGUGGCACUUGAGUGGUUGAGGAAAUGUGUCAAAGGAGAUCCUAACCUCAGGCUUCAGGUUCUUGUGACAGGAUCACUGCAUCUUGUCGGAGACGUUUUGAAGUUAUUGCGAAGGAGAUAGUAAGCCUGUUGUAAAAAAGGGCCAUAACCCAGUGCUGGUCCCGCCUACGCAGGGCCCCAAGAGGGGUAAGCUAGAGACAGUUCUAACUUUUCGCUUUUUAUGCACAAAGUAGCCGCUCUCAAGACUCGAACCCUCGCACUUGUGCUGGCUACCCGAGCCUUUUACUGUCACACCAAGUGACUUUGCGAAGAACACAGUAGCCUGUUGUAACCAUUUAUAGUUCUUUUUCAUCCAUGAAGUGAAUGAAUGUUUUCAACAUUUUUUUUAUUAAAUUGUGUUGUUGACCUUCAUUAUUUUGCAAUGUAAUGACAUAUUAAUUGUUUGGUGACGGGAUUGUGUUUUCGCUUAAUAUGAAUGUCUUGAUUGUAAAAA